GGCAUGCGCAGAGCGCGCGGGGCGAGGUUGCCGUGGCAGCGCCGGCUCCUGGGAGGGCGGCGGGCGAGGGGCCAGGACAGCGGGGCCUGAGGCGGCGACCCGAGAGCCCGCGGCCCGGCCGGAGGCGGCUCGGAACAGGCUUGAGCGGCGGGGCGGGCGGCCCGGCCGGCGGGGAUGAGGGACCGGCUUCCAGACCUGACGGCGUGUAGUAAGAACGAUGAUGGAGACACAGUUGUUGUGGUUGAAAAGGACCAUUUCAUGGAGGAUUUCUUCCGUCAGGUUGAGGAGAUUAGAAACAGUAUCGAUAAAAUAACCCAGUAUGUUGAAGAAGUAAAGAAAAACCACAGCAUCAUUCUUUCUGCACCAAAUCCAGAAGGAAAAAUAAAAGAAGAGCUUGAAGAUCUGAACAAAGAAAUCAAGAAAACUGCGAAUAAAAUUCGAGCCAAGCUGAAGUCGAUUGAACAAAGCUUUGAACAGGAUGAGAGUGGGAACCGGGCUUCAGCAGAUCUUCGGAUACGAAGAACCCAGCAUUCGGUGCUGUCUCGGAAGUUUGUGGAAGCCAUGGCGGAGUACAACGAGGCACAGACUCUGUUUCGGGAGCGGAGCAAGGGCCGCAUCCAGCGCCAGCUGGAGAUCACUGGAAGAACCACCACAGACAGCGAGCUGGAGGAGAUGCUGGAGAGCGGGAAGCCAUCCAUCUUCACUUCCGACAUUAUAUCCGAUUCACAAAUUACUAGACAAGCUCUCAAUGAAAUCGAGUCACGUCACAAGGACAUCAUGAAGCUGGAGACCAGUAUCCGAGAGUUGCAUGAGAUGUUCAUGGACAUGGCCAUGUUUGUGGAGAUUCAGGGGGAAAUGAUCAACAACAUAGAAAGAAACGUCAUGAAUGCCACAGACUACGUAGAACACGCUAAAGAAGAAACGAAAAAAGCCAUCAAAUAUCAGAGCAAGGCGAGAAGGAAAAAGUGGAUAAUUAUUGCUGUGUCAGUGGUUCUGGUUGCCAUAAUCGCUCUAAUUAUUGGCUUGUCAGUUGGCAAAUGAUGGUGUGGAUAACUUCAGCGUGUGUGCCUCUCUGCCAGGGUGGGACAACAACAUUGUCAUAGCAACUACAUCCCAAGAGCCAUUUCUCCUUGGAGACUCGGAGCACAUCUGCAACCAGAUCAGCACCCUGUCAUUUCGUGAAUGAAUCUCAGACACUGUAACCCGGCAUCGGUGCUGACCUUUAAAUGUAUGAAUUCACAGAAGAAGCACAACCGAACGUCUUGUUGAGUGAAAGCGCCGUAAGCUCCGUGGGUGUGAUACAUGACCCUGAAUGACACACUACAGAACGUGGGCAGUGUGAGACUUCUCUCAGUGGCCUCGAAAUAAGGAAAUACCGAAAAUGUCAAUAUUAAAAAUAUUUCAGUGUUACAAAUGUGCAUGAAGUUUAAUUAGGGAUCCUUUAUGUUAUGAAGCUUUUUUUUUUUUUUUUUUUUUUUUGAGACAGAGUUUCACUCUUUUGCCCAGGCCAGAGUGGAGUGCAGUAGUGCAGUCUUGGCUCACUGCAACCUGCCUCCCGGGUUCAAGCGAUUCUUCUGGCUCAGCCUCCCGAGUAGCUGGGAUUAUAGGUGCAUGCCACUACACCCAGCUAAUCUUUUGUACUUUUGUUUUUAGUAGAGAUGGGGUUUCACUAUGCUGGCCAGGCUGGUCUUGAACUCCUGAUCUCUUGAUCCACCUGCCUUGGCUUCCCAAAGUGCUGGGAUUACAGAUGUGAGCCACCGCGCCCAGCCGUUAUGAAGCUUUUAGAUCUCAGGUCUAAGGCUCCUUUUAACCCCUUCUUCCAGCUAAUAUGUGCUAAUUAAGAAACCUUUUGUACUAUGCUGUGUUUAUUGUCUGUUUGAAGAAAUAAUUUUUAUCAUGUUUUUGUAAGAUAUCUAUAAUUUUAUGUGUUUAUAGAUUAAUUGUUUAAUAUAUUAGCAUCUUAAUUUAUCCCAUUUUUAUAUCCUGAAUGUGGCCUUUUGAGUGAAAUAGGAAGCUUCAUGGUGUUUGAGCCACCUUUGGCAGUUGUUUACAAAGUGUCCCAUUGUCAGAAAACGUUGGUUGCAAAGCCCCUCCAAGCCCCCACAAGUGCCUUCUGUGGAUGCUGGUUUAUAACGAGUUUAAAUGUGCUGGUGGCUCCAGACGAGCCUCAGCCUCAGCUCCACUUCUGAGAUAACGACUGUCUCUUUUUCACUACGUGUGAGGUUCGUGUUUCCCAGUUUACACGAGCAAAGUCUGAGUUCAGGGUGGUGAUGAGACUGAGGUUCAUACUCUCGUGACUCAAGGAAAUUAUUCCGAGGACAUUGAGUAAUUCUUAGAAAUUUAAACUAUUGUACAGAUCACAUAAAUGUUAGUAAGUACCUAAUGUUUUGCUGAACUUUAAAAGUUCAUUUCCAAAAUGUAUAGGAAUUCACAAUUAAACCCUUUCAUUGCUUAUUCUUUUUUAGAAUAAUGACUUAUUUGUAGACUUGUAAAAUGUGUGAACUAGUGAACGAACAUCUGUUAAGACAGCAGUCAAAAUUUUAAACGACUAUGUGAAGGAUGCCCCAAAUAUCGUUAACUCUUGUUACUGCUGUGUGUGAUGGUGUAAGCAUGUGACUUUUAACACGUUUGGUUUGAAACUAGUGUAGAUAUGCCUGACUCCAAACAGUAAGUGUGGAGAAUAUGGAACAGCUUCUCAGCCAGGUCCGGACUUAACACACUUCCUGAUCUCCCUUGUCCUGACAUGUCCAUUGGAUCACCCGCUGAUGGUGACAGUGCGCCAGAGUUACAGGGGAAGUCUGCCUCGGACUGUGUCUUUCGUUUGGUCUUGAAGUAUCCGGUUGUGCGGUGUGCUCACUGAUUUGUGGUUACGUUGAAGGUGUGACUCGUCUGGAAGGGUUGUAAGCAUUUCAGGAUCACGCUGGUGUCCAGAGGACUUCACGCCUCAGUCUAAUCACAUGCAUGUCGGGGGACCUGUCUCUGUUCAUGUCCCACUUUUUCUUCAAGUUCUGUCAUCUGAGUCCUCUCCUUUUACGACACUGUUUGGUAUUUUUCAAGUUAAUCUUCUUAGAUUUGCAGUAUAUAUAUACUGAAUUUGUGUUUUUAUAGGUGAAGUUAUAAACAUGCUGUUUGAUUUAUAUUUAGAUACUUAAGUCAUUUGUCCAACGACAUGUGUAUAUCUAAGCCUCAUGCACUGAUUUGAAGUCAGUCUUACAAAUAUAUUUACAAAUUCACUUGUGACUUUUUAAUCAGUUCUUCAAAUAUUUCGUGUUUACAUUAAGUAUUUCCAGAGAAGCAAAAAAGUAGUAUUCACUUCCUGCCUUGUCAUUUCUGGAUUUUGGGGAGAUAUUUUUUUGCAUAUUCAUUAAUAAAUUGUUCUAAGAAAAUUA